AUGGCUGCUCUGACCAUCGAGACUGGUGUCUAUUUCAUCCAGAACGCCGGCACUGGUACUGUUCUGGACCUCACUCUUGGAUCCAAUGCCAACGGUACCAAGGUCCAGGGCUUCACCAAGCACGAGCUCAACGACGUCUGGGUAUCCGCGCAACUGUGGAUCAUCGCGCAAGUCCCGGGCACCGACGAGUACACGAUCCAGAACGCGAACAGCCGCACCUACCUCGACUUGACUGGGAGCAACAUCCAGAACGGAACGCCCCUCAUCGGUUUCGAGCCCACGGGCAACCCGAACCAGCGCUGGAUCAUCAAGCGCAACAGCACCAACACCGCCUACGUGUACGUCAGCAUCCUUCUCUCGGUCUCUGCCUUACAACUGACAUUCGCCCUCAUCGUCGAUAAGAUACGAUGA